GGUGAAAGACAAUCCACCACGAGGCCUCCGUUGUUUGAUGGAACAAAUUACACAUGUUGGAAGGAGUGGAUGAGGAUUUACAUCCAAUCCACCAACUUUCUCCCGUGGAGAAUCAUCAAGAAGUGCCCAUGAAGAAUGUUGGGAAAAUCACCGUCCCUAAAACCAAGGAUGAGUAUGAUGCGAAGGAGAUCAAGAAGAUUAAGAACAAUGCAAAAGCCAUGAACAUCCUCUAUUGUGCCGUGAACCCAGAUGACUAUCAGAAUAUUUCUUGUUCUUCUACCGCUAAGGAAAUUUGGGACAAGCUUGAAAUCACCUAUGUAGUUAUGGAUCAAGUCCGAGAAGCAAAAAUAGAUUUUCUAACCCAUGAAUAUGAACUGUUUCGUAUGAAGGAGAAUGAGAAAAUCGAUGAGAUGUUUAAACGAUUUUCAAAAAUCGUCAACGACCUUCACGCUCUCAAGAAGACGUACACGGACAAGGAGCUUGUGAGAAAAAUCCUGCGGAGUCUCACACCGGAAUGGCGCUCCAAAUCCGAUGUUAUCCAAGCGUCCAUCGGCAUCACCAACGUCACCAUCGAUGGGUUGAGAGUUAACCUCAUAACCUAUGAGUCUACCAUUCUUUUCCCUUCUUUAGGUGAACAAAAGAAGAAAAGGAUUGCACUCAAGGCUUCCACAAGUCAAGAACCCGCCAUGGAGGAAUCAAGGAACGAAGACAACAAGUUCGGGCUCGUUAUCAAGAAAUUCCACAAGUUCAUGCAGAAGGAGUAUGAAUGAAAGAGCAACAAGCAAGGAGGACCACCCAAAUGCUAUGGGUGUGGAGAAAUUGGGCAUAUCAAGCCAAAAUGCUCGAAUGCCAAGAACGAGAAGGAGAAGAAGUCAUUCAAGAAACACCGUGCUUACAUCUCGUGGGGAGGUGAUUCCGGCGAUGAGUCCUCGGAUGGCGAAGAAAACGAAAGCGCCAACCUUUGCCUCAUGGUACACGAGGAACCACUGGAGGAGGUAUGUACCACUUCUAAAGAUUCCUACACUUUUGAUGAUGUACAAGAAGCCUUUAAUGAACUUUACGAUGCGUA